AUGAAGGAUAAUCAGGUCAAUUUAUUUUUUGUAUCUGGUUUACCAUCGGAUGUUACAGAAAAUGAAAUAAAGAAUUAUUUUUUGCCUGACCAUGAAUUAAGCCAUUGCACAUUACAUAGUACUCACUGUGGAAUAAAUAGUUGUUAUGGUUAUGUGGGACUGAAAAGCAAAGAAUUGGAUAUUCAAGAAUAUGUAAAAAAUAAAAAAUUAAAAAAUAAGGAUAUAUUUAUUGAACUUAUUGAAGAAGAGAAUGAAGAGGAUAAUAAUAUAAAUGAUGAUGAUAAUAAUAAAUAUGAUGAUGAUAAUAAUAAAUAUGAUGAUGAUAAUAAUAAAUAUGAUGAUGAUAAUAAUAAAAAUGAUGAUGAUAAUAAUAAAAAUGGUGAUGAUAAUAUAUGUGAUGAUGAUAAUAAAUAUGAUGAUGAUAAUAAAAAUAAUAUGUAUGAAGAGCAAAAUAAUAUUUGUUAUAAUAAUGAAGAUGUAACAGAUGAGAAAUCGAAAAAAAGUAAUUAUAUUAAAUUAAAAAAAAACAAAGAAAACAAGAAACAUAUAAAAAUUAUCAACAAAAAUGGAGAUAUAACAAAAGAAGGAUUAUCCAUUUUGGAAAAUAUGAACAUGCAAGAUGUUGUAAUAUUAAUAAUUAAAAUUCAAGAAUUAGUACGUAUGGAUCCACAAACAGCUAUUAAAAUGUUGAAUGAAAAUAAGACUAUUUAUUAUUCCUUGAUACAUGCUCUUUUUUUUUUUGGAAUAUUAAAUGUAGAAAUAACUCCAUUAGAUAACGAAGAAAUUAAAGAAAGCCAUUUUUAUCGAAUGAAAAAUUAUUUUCAGUAUAUUUGUAUGAACGAUGAAAAAUCUACAAUGCAAGAUUUUAAGGAACCUAAAACGAAUGUGGAUAAUCAAAGUGAAAAUGAUUGUGGUGAUGAUUCAUCUUAUGAAUAUGAAGAAAUGAUAAAUGAAGAUAUAAUAAGUGUGGAAGAAAAUUAUAAUGAAGACGAAAGAAAUGACAACACUUUGGUGAAUAAUAUGGAUAAUACAUUUGAUAGUGAUCAUGUAAUUUGUGAUGAUGAUAAUAAAAUAUAUAAUAAUGAUGAUAAUACAUAUGAUGAUAAUAAUUAUGAUGAUAAUAAUUAUGAUGAUAAUAAAUAUGAUGAUAAUAAUUAUGAUGAUAAAAAUGAUCGUGAUAAUUAUCAUCCUAAUUUAAUAAAUAAAAAACAUAUACAUGUAAAUAAAAAAACUUUAUAUAAUAACCAUCAACCUUAUAUAACUAAUAUGAAGAAUGACAAAAAAAGGAAAAUUCAGGAAACUCCGAAGACCCUAUUAAAAGAUGUGAACAAUAAUUAUGGUGAUAAUAACAUGAAAUAUGAAGAUAUAUAUUAUAAUAUGAAUAAUGAUACGAGUAUGGAAUGUAAUAAUAUGAAGGGUGUGAAUAAUCAUAACCAGUUUAUUAUUAACAUGAGAAUGAAAAAUAAUAAACAAAAAAAAGAUUAUCCUUAUAAGUCUGUAAUGCAAGAAUAUAUAAAAGGAAAUGAUUUAUCGAACAAUAAUAAUAAUAUUAAUGGUUGUGGAAAUGUAUCCUUAUCAUCAGACAAAAGGAAAGGUAAUUUAUACGGAAAUAAUAAAAUCAACAUGAAUAAUAAUAAUAAUAAUAAUAAUAAUAAUAAUAUUAAUAAUAGUAAUAAUAGUAAUAAUAGUAAGAAUAUUCCACCAAAAGGUAUGCCCAAACCACUCUAUAGCUUUAUUAAAAAUAAAGACCUUAACAGAAAUCCUAUUAAUUAUGAUGCAAAAGAUUUUGUUGAGAAUGUAAAGGAGAAUGCUGCAGAUUGUGGGGAUACAUUAUUACAUAAUUAUAAUAACAACAGCAAUAAUAAUAAUAGUAGUAGUAGUAAUAAUAAUUUGUACAAGUCAAAUAAGGAAGCGAAAAACCAUAACGAGAAUCUACAUUUUUAUAACACAACAAAUUAUAAGGUUAACAAUAAUAAUAAUAAUAAUAAUAAUAAUAAACAACAACUCUAUAGAAAUAAUACAGAUAUGAGAUGUGAGAAUUUGCCGGAUCGAUUAAUAAACAAAAUGAAACAUAUAAAUAAUCAAAGAAGAGGAAUCAAAUUAAUAGACAGAAAAAAUAAUCCUUCAGAAGAUAAUUAUAAUACAAAUAAAAUUAAAAUUAAAUGUAUUAAUAUUGAAGAAGAAAAAAAAAUAAAUAACAAAAACAAUAAUAAUAAUAACAAAAACAAUAAUAAUAAUAAUAAUAAUAAUAAUAAUAAUAACAAAUUGUUAACAAGCGGAAUUAAUAGUAAUCAUCUAACUCUACUUCUUAAGAAAUUAAAAAUUUCUUUGAAGGAUAUACCAUAUGCUGAAGAAGAUUUAGUCAAAGAAAUAAUAAAUGAGAAAUCAAUUCUUCAAAAUAUAUUAAUAAGUAAAUAUGUAGACAUGUUAAAUUGGACAAGUGAACAAGUAUUACGUGUAUUAUCCAUAAGAAAAUCAUUAAAGAGAAUUGGUUAUAAUAUAAACGGUAUUAUAUAA